UCAACAUUUACAGCAUUUGGCAGACGCCCUUAUUUCUCUUUGAUCUCAUUCAUACAUCUUAAAAGCUCUUCGGUUGAGGGUCUUGCUCAGAGGAUGGGAUCUUCAGACCCAUAGCCCAGUGCCUUAACCACUAAGUUAUUACCACCUGAAGGUUCUGGUUUACUAUAAAUCCACAGAAAUGGAACAGUUUCUACUACGGAUUAAGAUCAGAGUAUCUGGGGAAAAAUCCAAAUCCAAUGUCGGUGGAACAAAUCCGGAUGCUGAUUUUCUUUCUCUAUUUAAUUCUAGCUCGUAUGCAAAUAAGCUCUAUAGUUACCUUAUUAGUGCGCUGAUGUGAUUGGUUAGUGGCCUGACAGUCAGGCGUAGUGGGCGUGUCCGGGGUUUAGGUGUAGAACCUCUGCUCGCGCGCUGCGUGUGUAAUGAGAGCGGGACUCCGUGACGGGAGUGACUUCUACUGUCUGUGGGCAAACUCGCGCGCGCACGCGUGUGAGUGAGUGUGUGAGUGAGUGUGUGAGUGAGAGUGUGAGUGAGUGAGUGCGUGUUGAUUCACUGUUUUCUCUCAGGAGGUCAUGGCCGAGGCGGCGCAGCUCCAGCCGCUGGACCCAGACCCGGAUUUCGAGCCGUUCUGCCGUCCGAGGUCGUGCACCUGGCCGCUGCCCAGACCCGAGUCUUCUCCUCCUGUGGCUGCGGGAGCGGAGGCUGAGCAGCGGGACCUGGACUUCAUGGGCGGCUUGAGCUUGGCUCUGCUGGAGGAGGUGGAGACGGAGACUGAGGAGAGGAAAGCUCACGACUUCAGGAGCAACGAGGCGCGGCGGCAGCAGGAGCAGCACCCGCCACUGGCGCGCGCUCAGGUGCAACAGGUGCCGCAGCAGCAGCAGCAGCAGCAGCAGCAUCAUCAGGUGCACGUGCAACCUCUUUCCUCUUCAUCCUCUACCUCAUCCUCGUCCUCCACAUCAUCCUCCUCCUCGUCGUCUUCGGCGGCGGCGUCUGCACAGCGGAAGAGCAGCUCGUGCCGGAGGAACGCGUGGGGGAACAUGUCGUACGCAGACCUGAUCACGCAGGCGAUCGAGAGCUCACCUGAGAGACGCCUGACCCUCGCGCAGAUCUACGAGUGGAUGGUGAAGAGCGUCCCUUACUUCAAGGACAAGGGGGACAGCAACAGCUCAGCCGGCUGGAAGAACUCGAUUCGUCACAAUCUGUCUCUGCACAGCCGGUUUGUGCGAGUGCAGAAUGAGGGAACGGGGAAAAGCUCGUGGUGGAUGCUGAACCCUGAUGGAGGAAAGAGCGGUAAAUCUCCACGCCGCAGAGCAGCGUCAAUGGACAACAACAGCAAGUUUUCAAAGAGCCGUGGACGAGCCGCUAAGAAGAAGGUCGGUCUGGAUGGCGGCUCGAACAGUCCCGGUUACUCGAAGUGGCUCGGCAGCCCGAACUCUCACAGUAACGAUGAUUUCGAAGCGUGGGGAAGUUUCCGGGCGCGAGCCAGCUCUGACGCGAGCACGCUGAGCGGCCGGCGAUCUCCUUUCCUCCCCGAGGAGGACGUUAGUGAGAGCGGAGAACUUCACCUCGGAUACCAGGCCACUAAACUCACCUCCAAACUGCCCAGUCUGUCCGAAGUGACCGGAUCUUUCAGCUCCAAGAACCUGAUGAUGGAGAACCUGUUAGAUAACCUGAACCUGCUUUCGCCCAAGACCAGCGUGGACACUCCGAAUGCUCAGUACAGCGCCCCCUACAGUGCUGCGCAGGACUUCCCCAAGUGGCACAACAGCAUUUGUGUUAAUAAUAUGACCAUCCAGACUCUGUCCGACAGCAAGCCGCUGGGUUAUAACCCUUACACAGGGCAGUUUAAUUGCCCUUCUGGGCUUUUAAAGGAACUUUUGAGUAACGACGGGGAACACAGAGGAGACAUUUUGCCCCCAAUGGAGGCAGCAGGGCAGCAAGGAGGGAGAGUUUUGCCUCCCUAUAGUGCUCAAGGGCACAUGGGGCAAGCAGGGAAAGCGAUAAGCGCACACACACACGCUCAUACACACUCACACGCUCACACACACUCACACACACACGCUCACACACACACCCCUACAGCAGUGAGUAUGAACAGGUGCACCCUCAUGCCUCAGGGACAUCUCGGUCGUCUUGGCAACAUGAAGCCGUACCCUCAACUGGUGCACAUGGGGGCAGGAGGUGGUGGAGGUGGAGUGGAUUCGGCACCGCCCAAUUACUGCAUCGUCAAUGGCAACGGUUUCCACAGACGCGGUCCGGUCCUGCCGCAUCAUCAUCACCAUCAUCAUCAUCACAACCACCUGGAGCGUUUGCCUAGCGACCUGGAUGACAUGGCGAUCGAGCGGCUGGAGUGUGACGUGGAGAGCGUGCUGCAUGACACGCUGAUGGACGGAGACGCGCUCGACUUCAACUUCGACCCGGCCGCCAGCCAGCAGGGCUUCACACACACUGCUGUCAAGAGCAACACACACAGCUGGGUGUCGGGAUAAAAACACACACACACGCGCACACACACACACAUGCGCACACACGCGCACACACACGCACACACACGCACACUGGCAGGUGUUUUAGUGUCUGGUUUAUAACUUUUAAAAGUAUAUCAUUUUUUCACCAUCACAAAUAAUUAAAGGAGAAAAAAUCUGUUAAAUAAUAAUAAUAAUAAUAAUAAUAAUAAUAAUAAUAAUAAUAAUAAUAAUAAUAUAAUGAUACCUGCCAGCUAUGGAUCUGUUGAUUUUAAUAAUCUUUGUGCCUCUACAUAAAGGUUUGUUAAUUAAAUUAAAUAAAUAGGUAGAGCUUAUGAUGAUGAUGAUGAUGAUGAUGAUGAUGAUGAUGAUGAUGAUGAUAUAAUGAGGUGGAGACUGUUGUUGUUUUACUGAAACUUUUGUACGGUGAUGUAUAUAACCUUAUGUACAGAAUGUAUACCGUCAUUUAUACUGUAUAUAUACAGUGUGUGUGUGUGUGUGUGUGUGUGUGUGUGUGUGUGUGUGUGUGUGUGUGUGUGUGAGCUUGACUUUUCUGUCGUAAUGCGCUUCAAUUAGACUUUUUUAACACUUCUAAUGACUGAUAUUUGAAGAUUUUAUAUUUCCUGGUGUUCUGAAUAUUUUUUUAUUUCUAAAUCUUUCUAAUGUUAAACUGGACACAGGUCAUGUGACCUUCCUCCCUGGACAGAUAAUGAUGAUAUAUUUGAGUAAAUUCCAGGAGCUGAGACUGGAACAGAACAGUGUAUGGGGUGCAGUUUAGAUGGAGGAUUGACACACCGGCGGUUAUGGGAUUCUCUACUGAUUUUUCACGUUUUGGAUGAAAUGACAUGAGCUCCUUCUGCAGGUCUGCAGGCUCACAUUUAACAUUUACUUUGACAAAAAUUUAUAUUUACCAUUUUCUAUUACUGGGAUUCGAACCCAGCUCCACCCAUUAAUGUUUUUUAUGUUACCAUAACGUGUCGAUUUGCCUGAUGUCUUGAGCAUCACAUUGAGUUUUUACGCUGCACCACAAACUUUAUAAACUCUACUCUCGCUCUUAUUAUCACGAGCGAGAUUCCAGAUCGUCAGCAUGACGGCUUUUCCUCUGUCAUUGGACACCCAAAUGCAUAAAACCAACGUGGGGUGGAGGAGGAGAGGUGAAAAAUGACAGGAUGAAAUAAUUGGUUGAUAUGUUUUUUCCCCUCCCACAAUUUUACAGUGAUGUCAUAAUGACAUUUCAAGGAAAAUGGCACCUGAAAAAAAUGUGUAUUAGUAGAGAUUCUGAACAAUUUUGUCCUUAACUCGAAUAAAUGAUGAAUUUCAGAUCAUUUUCAUUUUAACCUCACUGAAGGUGAACUGCUGCAGCUGGACAUUUGUCCUUACAAACAUCUGCAGUCCCUGUAAUAUAAAUCUUUAUACAUACACACACACACACACACACACACUUUCUUUAUCAAGCCUCUUUCUAAGCAGAAAGUAUGAUUUAUUUUCACAGUUUAUUAUAAAACACUGGGAGAUUUUUUUUCUUUUGUUCAUGUAUUUAUUUCUGACCAAAGAAGGAGCGUUUGUUGGCACUGAGAUUGAGCACUGCUCUUUAUUCCUCACAAAUAUCUUAAUAAUUCUUUUAGAAUGUUAUUGUGUUUCUGUAGAUGUGCAGUAGGUGUAGUGAUGAUCUAUUACAUGCCUGUUCAUUUUUUCUAUCUUGUGUUUAUAAUUUGUGUAUAAAAGUCGUGUGCUGAUAAAUUGGAUGUUUUUGAAGCGCUCAAGCUUUUUUGAUGCUCUUUACUACCUGGAGUUUUUGUACAAAAAUCUAAAUGUGUGUAAAAGAGACUGAAAGUGCCUGAAGGACGCAAAUCCGGUGACGCAAAUCCGGUAAUAACUAAACGCUGAGCUGUCGUUCAACUGAGACGUUUCAUUUUGUAAAACCCUGAGCACUUAAAACAUCUCAUGACAAUAAACUCUGCAUUUUCACAAA